CGCACAGAGGCACUUCCGUGUCGCUUGGUGAUGACGUCGUGACGGCGUGAUUGACAAAACGCACCGGGUGAUGGCGCACUUGUUUAAAAAAUCCAGCUCAGUUUUGCUCUGGCUUCCGUGAUACAUUCGAGUUAAAGGAGGCAACAGAUCAAGCUGGAAAAACUUUAUGACUGUGUCUUCCCUGAAAGCAUCUCUUCUUCAAGUGUGUGUCACUGAGUGAUGGAGAAUGGCCCCCGUUGGUUGCCAUGGCGCCCAGCAGCAAUCCAUCUCCGUUCAUGUGCUUGUGCAGACCGAAGGGAACGAAACAACAAGUACUGGUUGUGGGAGCAGAGCCACUGGUCCGCGGCCUGAGGAAACUCCCAGAAGAUAUCGACUGGUCCUACUCAGGUACCCUGAGCCAGCGCAACUGGGGUAAGAGGUAUCCGUCCUGUAACAGCGCCAGGCAGUCUCCUGUGGACAUCGAUGAAACGUUUACCCAAGUCAGGCUGCAGUACCAGAAUCUGCAGUUUGAAGGCUGGGACAAACUGACGGCAGAGUCCAGCACCAUCCACAACGACGGGAAGACUGUGUCCAUCAGUGUGGAAGGGGAGUUCUUUGUGAGCGGAGGAGGGCUGAGCUCCAGGUUUCGUGUUGCCAGAAUCACCUUCCACUGGGGCCGCUGCAAUGCAACGUCAGAUGGGUCUGAACACAGCCUGAACGGGAUGAAAUACCCUCUGGAGAUGCAGAUCUACUCUUAUGAUCCAGCUGUCUUCCCAACUCUGGAUGAUGCCGUUAAGGGAGGAGGGAGGAUCGCUGCCUUGGCUGUGCUCUUUGAAAUCAGCCUGGACGACGACGAGAGCUUCAGUCCCGUUAUAGAAGCCGUCAGCACUGUCAGCAGGUUUGGAAAGAGCGGCUCAAUGGAAGCGUUCACCUUACGGUCGUUGCUGCCCAACAGCACGGAUAAAUAUUACAUCUACAAUGGCUCGCUAACCGAACCUCCCUGCUCGGAGACAGUGGAAUGGAUCGUCUUUAAAAACACGGUGGCCAUAUCAGAAACACAGCUGGAGGUGUUUUGUGAGGUGAUGACGAUGGAGCAGGCCGGGUACGUGAUGCUCACCGAUUACCUGCAGAACAACUUCAGGGAGCAGCAGCAGCAGUUCAUGGGUCAGGUGUUUGCCUCGUACACCGGUGUGGAGGACGUGCGAACGCCCACCUGCAGCUCAGAGCCGGAGAAUGUUCAGGCCGACGCCCAGAACGACACGACCAUCAUGGUCAUGUGGGAGCGUCCGCGCGUAGUUUACGACACAACCAUCGACUGGUACACCGUCACCUACCAGAGGCUGCAGGGCCGUGACCAGAGCAAGCAGGAGUACAGGACAGACGGGGACCAGGACGUGGGUGCCAUCAUCCCCAGCCUGCUGGCCAACAGCAGCUACGUGGUUCAGGUGGUGGCUGUUUGCACCAACGGACUCAGAGGACGAUGGAGUGACCAGAUCAUAGUGGACAUGCCGUUAGAAGACCCUGAAAGUGAUUCAGAUCCUGUCGCUGUCACAAAAGAUCUGGAAGGCAACAGGGAGGUCUCAUCCAAAGCCAGACCAGAGAAGCCAGAGAACCAGAAUCAGGUGGAUUCGUCUGCAGAGGACCACAGCCCAGUGGAGGAGAUCCCAGUGGAGCAGACCAGGGUUUACCAAAAUCAACCAGGUAGCGAAACUCAGGAAAACCCGAACCUCCCGGUCCGGGUCGGCACCCGUCCAACCCCAAAGAGUCCCUCAGAGUCAGCCGUUCUCCAGAAAACUCGACUCAACCAGAAUGUGAAAAAGAAACCAGGUCGGAACAAGUCUAAACCCGAUGAUACGGAUCAAAACUGGAUUGAUGAUGAUGAGAGGAUUCUGACGCAGCGGCCAUACACAAAUGUGGGUUUCGACGGCAAUGGUGCAAUAUGGGUAACUGAUGUCACAGAGCAGCCAGGGUUCCUGUUUCCAGUUGCUCGGUCGACCACCCUGGCGACAAUUCGCCGACAAAUUACAGAGGAGGCUUCGCUGUCAGAGUUGCCGCAUCAGUCAGGUGAUAAUGGUCCGCCAGACCAAGCCGGUGAAAGCGGCCGCCCAUCUCCCCAGUCGGACCUCUUCACCCCUCCUGUGGGGGACAUCCAAGUCACAGAUGUCUUCUAUGAAGACACAGUUAACACCUCGCCGCUAGAAACCACAACCAUUGCUUCAACAGUGUCUGCUGCCGCUGUGUUGCCAGGUAAUAAAGCGACUGAAGCCUCCCCGCCAGCCUCAGAAGACAGUGAUGCCUCCGUGAACGAACCUGUGCCAGAAGACAUCACCUCAGCUCCCUCCAGCCCCUCCUGGAUCACGGCGAGGGCGGCGACCGGCAGCAACACACUCGCUGAGUCGGUCUACAAAUCAUUCACCUCCUCCUCUCUGCUCAGGGUGCUGAUGCACACAACCCAGCCCAUGUUUAACGUGAAAACAUCCAAAGCUGAGGACUUAGCUUUUGAUCAGUCUUCUGGCUUAACAAACUCUCCUAACAGUCUUGGUGGAGUGAUGGUCGAGCCUGCAGUCUCUGUCCUAGAUGGAGGAUUCUCUGCCGACGGAGAUCCAUUCAGUGUCGCGCCUCAAUCGCUCAGCCUUUUUAAUGAAUACGCCGGCAAUAUCCGUCCUUUUCCUUCCCUCCCUGAAGAUCAGAGAAGUGGCAUUGUCUUUCAUCAUAAAGCCAAGUCCUCUGAAGAGCACUCUAUCGUCCGUCAAAUCUCUACCACUCUGGGUCCUCGGGAUCGCUUCAUCACCACUUAUUCCAUUCCUCUGUGGCCUGGUAAUCCCUUGAGUACCAUUAAAUUAUCAGAAGCAAACACAGCUGACGGAAGGAACCCAAGUGUUGAUGGUCGGGUUCAAGAUCUGAAUAAGUUGCUACUCCCCAACGAAAGAGAAGAUCAAGAGGAAGCCAGGGCGGAUGGACGUACAAAGUCCAACCCAGGCCUGUCAGCUGAGGGAAGUGGAUCAGGCUCUGGCCUCUAUAGCAACAGGUUAAAUCAGGAAUUGGGUGGAGUUACGACAGUCAACUACAUAUCUACCUUAUCUACUAUUAACUUCCAGGUAGAUAAUACCGGGAAAAAGAGUAGAUCAACGGGUAUAAAGAUGGAUAGUGAAACAGAUGAGGAGGCAGGAAGCAAAAUAAUUGGCAAGAAUGAAAGUGAAACAGUAGCAGAGGAUGAAAGUGAGCUAAGUAGCGAGGAGGAAGAGGAGGAUGGAGAAGGAGAAGCAGUCAGUGCCACGGGGAAUCAGAAAUUGAGGAAAAUGGUUGAUGAAACAGAUGAGAGUGCCAGACAGCUCAAUAGCACAGCAGGUUGUGACACGCUGAAUGACAAAGAGAGAGAAACUGAAGUUGAGACUGUAAUGGGAACGGUAAUGAACAGUGGGGAGGAAAUUGAGUCAGAUUUCAGAGUUUUUAGCCGGCCUGUGAACAUCCACGGCUCUGGAGAUGGUGGAGAAAGAGAGGAAGGCGGACAUGGAAAAGGAAUGAACGUCGGUGGUGAUAAUGACGGUGUCGAGGCUGCGGGCGGAACGAAAAGUGGUGACGGAGGUGAUGGAGGGGAAGACGGCAGGAGAGAAGAUGCGUCUGGCAGAAGAGAUGGUCUCCAGCUGUCUGUCAGCCAAGAUGGACCUACAGCAGAGCUCCCCCUGUUUGACAGCAGUGAAGAAGAUGGAGACGGUGAUGAACACAGUGAAGACGAGCGAAACUUAAGUCUUGACAGUCGAGAUGUUUGGGGUAAAUCUACUCUUGAGGACAACAAAGAGCGAGAUGGCGACGGUAAAAGACUGAAGAUUGAAGGAGGCGGCGAAGAUGACACUGCGGCUGGAACCAAAGAGAGUUCACAGCAGCCCCAAAGCGUGGACAGGUUGUUGUUUGAUCCUGCAAAGAGCCCCGUGUUGAGGCAUCAUGUCCCUCUGUUCACACUGACAGAUGGCAGCAAGGCCACAGACGAGCGUAUGGAAGAGGGCAGCAACAGCAGCCAUGAGUCUCGGAUCGGGCUGGUCGGAGGUGUGGAGAGGGAGAAGAGGACGGUCAUUCCUCUGGCUGUCGUCUCCACUCUCACCAUCCUCUGUCUGCUGGUACUGGUGGGAAUACUCAUCUACUGGAGAAACUGUUUCCAGGCUGCCAAUUUCUACCCAGACGACACUGCAUCACCUAAAGUCAUAUCUGCUCCAUCUACACCCAUGUUGCUGGCCACAGACGGUCACGAGCCGCUGACAGUGAAGCAGUUUGUGAAGCACGUAAUGGAGCUGCACACCACCAACACCUUCUCCAAGGAGUUUGAGAUUGUCAAAGAAUCCUAUGAGGAGGUGCAGGCCUGCACAGUGGACAUGGGCAUCACUGCCGACAACUCCAGUCACCCUGACAACAAAAGCAAGAACAGAUACAUCAACAUACUGGCCUAUGACCACAGCAGAGUGAAGCUCUCCAACAGUUUGGACAGAGAUGGGAAGUGUGGGGACUACAUCAACGCUAACUUCGUGGAUGGUUAUGAGCGAACAAGGGCCUACAUCGCAGCUCAGGGGCCACUCAGAGCGGGCAGGGAGGACUUCUGGAGGAUGAUCUGGCAGCAGAACGUUGGAGUCAUUGUCAUGAUCACCAACCUCAAGGAGAAAGGAAGGACUAAGUGUGACCAAUACUGGCCUGAGGAGAAUCAGGAGGAAUUCGGCCCCUACCAGGUGACUCUGAAAAGCAGCAAGACCCUCGCUUACUACACACUGCGGACGUUCACUGUCAGAGACACUUCAAAUAAGGCGUCUCAGAGGAGAGUUGAGCACACUGUCCUCCAUUACCACUACACCCAGUGGCCAGACAUGGGCGUCCCAGAAUACUCUCUGCCUGUCCUGUCCUUCAUCAGAGCGUCCUCUCGGGCACGGACACAGGAGAUGGGACCUGUACUGGUGCACUGCAGUGCUGGCGUCGGGAGGACGGGAACCUACAUAGUGAUAGACAGCAUGCUGCAGCAGAUCCAGGAUCAGGGCACAGUCAACGUUCUCGGUUUCCUAAAACACGUCCGGACGCAGAGGAACUUCCUGGUUCAGACGGAGGAGCAGUACAUCUUCAUCCACGAUGCCCUGGUGGAGGCCAUCAUGAGCCGCGACACCUCGGUGACCUCUGACCUCCUGCACACCUAUGUGUCAGAACUCCUGACCCCUGGAGCAUCAGGCAGGACGCGCAUGGACAAGCAGUUCAAGUUGAUCAGCCAGCGGCAGGCGAAGCACGCAGACUACAGCACUGCCCUGAGGGACGGCAACGCAGAAAGGAACAGAGCCAGAGCGCUGAUGCCUGUGGAAAGAUCAAGAGUGUGUCUGACAGCUUCAGAAACAAACUCCACAGGGUACAUCAACGCCUCCUACGUCACGGGACAUCACCAGAGUAAAGAGUUCAUAGUGAGCCAGACUCCUCUGAGCAGCACGGUGGCAGAUUUCUGGAGAAUGAUCCUGGAACACAACACGCACUUUGUUGUCCGUCUGCAGGACACACACUGUCAGAGUGGAGAGGGGCAAUCGUGUGUUUUUUGGCCCAGUAAAGAUCAGCCAAUGAACUUUGAGGGUUUUACUGUGUCGUACGUGGGGGAGGAGCAUCUAUGUUUGUCCAACGACGAGAGACUCUUGGUGCAGGACUUUACAGUACAGUGUCCACAGAACCAUUAUGUGCUGGAAGUGCGUCAGUACAGCGCCACCUGCUGGCCGAACCCUGACAGUCCCAUCAGAAACAGUUUUGAUCUGGUCAACACGGUCAAAGAGCACAGCAGACUUUCAGACACACCGACAGUCAUACAUGAUCCGUUGGGAGGUGCUACAUCUGGGCUGUUCUGUGCCCUCACCACCCUGUCCAGUCAGCUCGAGGAGGAGGGAGCAGUAGAUGUCUACCAGGUGGCACGGAUGACCAACCUCAUGAGGCCUGGGGUUUUUAAUGAUGUCGAGCAGUACCAGUAUCUGUACCGAGCCGUGCUGAGUCUAGUGAGCAGCCAGGAGGACCAGAGAGCCCUGCAGAGUCCAGAAACCAACGGAUCUGUACCACUGGGACAGACUAACAUCACCGAGAGCCUGGAGUCCCUCAUGUAGACCCAUGCACACAUGUAACACACAAACAUUUCACAUACGUAGGAAGCGCAUCAUAUGGGCACACACACACACACACACCAGUAUAGACUGCUGAGUGAUAAGAGGAUGAACUCUAUCAUCAUAUAGCUGCGUCCACUGAGCAUGCUAACGCUUUGAUACAGUGUGUUCAACAAUCAGAGAUCAUAACGACUUUAACACUCGAGAGCUUGUCGCCCCCUGGGCACGCCUGGCAGGUUUAGACAAGUGAUAAUGUUCAUUAAUCCUACUGUUAGCGUUAGCAUGCACAGCAGACACAGAGCUCAUCUCUGAUGUUAAGAGACCAACCGGCCAUGAUAUGACUGACAAGGUACCACCUGUCUAGUAAGGCACUCUUUAUAUAAGGGUUAACUAAUGACUUUAUCAAUGCUUCAUAAAUGAAUGAGCAAAGAAUGAGGGCUGCAGAUGAUAUGGACCAAAGCCCAUUCAGUGAUUUGUCAUUAAAAACUCUUUGUUAAUUAAAAGCCUUUAUAAAUGGCUUGUUCUUAUUAAUGAUUACAGAUGUGUUGGGUUAUUAGAGAGCAUGUAUCAACUAGAACAAGGAUUUAUCACCACAUUUAUACAGAGUGGAGGGCAAACAUCAGCCAGUGGGCUUUUUGUAACUUGUUUCUUUAAAGCAUUAGUGAAAGAUUUUUUAAGCAUUAAUAAAGACAUUAGUGCCCAUUCAGAAGUCUUUAUAACAGACUCUGUGUUAGCAAGUGGUUCCAAAGAAGCUUCACUGCCUUUCCAACAAGAACGUGCAGAUGUUCCAGCUGUGUAUCUGUUGCUGCUCAGUGUGCUGCCUCAAAGUAGCAGCAGUGCCAACACUUCCUGAGAGAAGCACGGCCAACAACCUCCCGAGGGCUUUCAUCUAAAACGAAAUGAAUAUGAAAUCAACAACAUAAAAUGUAUCUUAAUGAUGGAAGGAACCCGCCAUUUAAUUUUAAUAAUGUACCCUGAAUUCAUUUAAUCUUUAAAAUAUAUUUCUUUAAUUUGAUCUUUCCUUUCUUAGUUUUUGGACUUUUGUCAUGAUUAAUGUUUUCCAUCAUUCUCCUGAAAGAAAUACUUUGUAAUAAAACUGCAAUUGGCACACAGUGAAAUCAAACAAAUGAAAGAUAGCUGAAAACAGAAUAAUCUGCCAAAGUAGACAACAGAUGACUUUAAUUUUUAAAAAGGGAAAUGAUUCAGGAAAUGACUGUCUCCUGAUCCCUUGUUUUACAUCAUUAAAAUUCACUGAUGCUCUGCAGAUUUCGGGGCUCAAACUAUCACAGCUCGUUUAUUUCCACUAACAUUUCAAAAUAACCAAAAUCUCUUCAGGCCUCGCCAGCGACAGCACAGUGUCUGCUGUUGGAUUUCUCUCUUCAUGUCUCAUGCUCUCUGGUUCCCCCGUGCCUUUUGUAAACUCAUGUUCUUGUACUUAAAACCGUUUUGAUACGACAACUGUGUGACUAAUAUGCCAAAAUAAUGACCCGUGACUUUUUUCUAUUUUCUUAAAGUCUUGUUGCGUUUGUUACUUUCGUACGUAAAGGUCAGAGAGGAGAACAUGUCGUCGACUCGGGUGAAAACUGGGAUUUAAAGUGAUCAGACACGACAGUCCCUGUAAGCCUGACAGGCUAGAAUUUAUGUCAGUAACAGUGGAUUCAAGUGAUAAUCAGCUUUUAUAGACAGAAAAUAUUAAAAAAAACCUACUUUAGCCGCUCCUGCAACAGAAUAAUCAAUGAAUAUAAUCAGCUUUGAUCGACUGAGACAGUUUUCAUAUUGUUGCAAGCAUUUUGUGACAAGAUUUUGGAUCCCCGUGCCACUCGCUAUGACUGUUUGCAUUCUGACGGAGUCCAGUUGUUUCUGUUGUGUCAGACAUGAUCAAUCAACCCCUGAAUCACUUUCAAGCAGCGUUUCAGCAUCUAUCUGUGCCUGUUUUGUGCCCACUCUGUGCCAUUUUUUUCUUUUUUUUUUUGUCAGUUCGUCUGGGGAUCCAAAAUGGCACAUCUCAUAGAACCAGUGAUUCAAAACCAGAUCUAAGUGUAACAUGUCUGAAACUCUUUUCUGUGUAAAUAUCCCUGAACACAUCAAAAGGCCAAAUUACUGUAUGUUUAUACUGUACCUCUAUAUAUUUUCUAUUUUACUAUCAAAAGUGAUUUUCUAGUCAUUGACACAUAUAUAACUGUGUGGAUUCUAUUUGAUAAUCUUAGCCUGGAAAUAUUGAUCAUGUUUAUAGUUUUAAUGGAAUGUCCUCUCUUUUUAUCUCGAUGAUUACCGUAGCAGCUUAAUGUCUCUACCUUUUAUCUCCACCAUGAACUGGUGCGGUGUGUGUAUAUAGCAACAAGUGGUUUAUGAUUUAAACUCAUUUCUUUUCCUGGGAGGGGAAAAAAAAAAUAAAACGUUCUUGUUUAGA